AUGACUCGUCUGUAUAAAUUGUCCUUGCUGGUAGCCCUAGGCUCGCUGGUCUUUGCUAGCCAAGAUGCCUUCCAAUCAAAAUGUGUCAAGUUUGCUGGUCAAAUCGACAUUCCCAAUGUCAAAGUCAACUUUGUCGAGUUUGUGCAGGGAGGCACCAACUUGUCCUUGGCAGACAACCCAUCUAGCUGCGGUGCGUCGAGUCAGGCUGUCUCGGUAGACAUGUGCCGAGUAGCCAUGGCCGUGUCGACCUCAAAAACCAGCGAGAUCACGCUAGAGGCUUGGUUCCCUCGUGACUAUAAAGGCCGUUUCUUAAGCACUGGAAAUGGCGGUAUCUCAGGGUGCAUUCAAUAUUACGACCUCGCAUACACUGCACAACUAGGGUUUGCCACCGUUGGAGCCAACAACGGACAUAAUGGUACCUCAGGAGAGCCUUUCUACCGCCGCCCUGAGGUCAUUAAAGAUUAUGCAUACCGUUCUGUUCAUACUGGAGUUGUAAUAGGCAAGCAGCUCACCAAGAAAUUUUACGAUGAGGGCUUCAAAAAGAGCUACUAUCUCGGAUGCUCGACUGGUGGCCGCCAAGGUUGGAAAUCUGUUCAAAAAUAUCCUAACGACUUUGACGGGGUGGUUGCCGGUGCCCCUGCUAUCAAUCUGAUUAACCUGUUUUCGUGGAGCGCAAGCUUCUAUCCCAUCACUGACUCCCCAAAUUCCGACACGUUCCUCACCACAGCUGAAUGGAAGAUCGUUCAUGAAGAGAUUCUCCGCCAGUGUGAUGCCAUUGAUGGCGCCAGAGAUAGAAUCAUCGAGAAUCCCGAUCUCUGUCGUCCUAUCUUGGAAACAUUGACCUGUGACCCCAGGGCCACAAACAGAACAAGUUGUCUUAGCAGCGCCCAAGUCAACACCGCCCAGAACGCGCUUUCGCCAUUAUAUGGAAUUAAUGGAACCCUGCUCUACCCCCGUAUGCAGCCUGGCUCUGAAAUUCUCGCCGCACCGAUAAUGUACAAUGGUAAACCAUUCCAAUACAGCGAAGACUGGUACCGUUACGUCGUCUACAAUGACCCGUCCUGGAGCGGAGCCAACUUCACAGUGAAAGAUGCUGCUGUUGCUCUCGCCCAAAACCCUUACAACAUUCAAACCUGGGAUGGCGAUAUAUCUUCCUUCAAGAAGACUGGAGGCAAAAUCCUGCACUACCACGGCCUCCAAGACGAGCUGAUUAGCUCCGAGAACUCAAAAAUGUAUUAUUCCCAUGUUUCAAAAACUAUGAAACUCCCUCCCACCAAGUUGGAUGAAUUCUACCGCUUCUUCCCGAUCAGUGGUAUGGGCCAUUGCGGUGGCGGCGAUGGUGCCUAUGGUAUUGGUCAGGGACUCCGUUCUUACGAUGGAAACAAUCCCGAGGACAAUGUGCUUAUGGCCAUGGUUCAGUGGGUUGAGAAAGGCAAAGCACCAGAGACUGUUCGUGGUGCCAAGUUCUCCAACGGCCCUGGCUCUAAGGUCGAGUAUAAGCGGAAACACUGCCGCUGGCCUCGGCGCAAUGUGUUCCAGGGUCCCGGGAACUAUACCGAUGAGAACGCUUGGCAUUGUGUUUAG